UGGAUUCUUUGACGCCAUUGCUGGAGCCUAGAAGCUCCCAUGGAUGCACAAGAUGAGGAGAGGCCACUGAUUCAUCACCUGCACCCACAGGGUGAAAGUUCAGAAUUUACUAGCGAUGGGACGGUUGACAUUAGCAAUCAGCCUGCUCUAAAGAGGAGCACUGGAAAUUGGAGAGCGUGCUUCUUUAUUUUAGGUUCUGAGUUUACUGAAAGUGUGGCCUGCUUUGCGAUCGCAAAAAACUUGGUCACAUACCUGACGGGUGCGCUCCGAGAGAGCAACGUCGAUGCUGCAACAACUGUGUCCACCUGGAUUGGCUCUUCAUUCUUCACACCGCUCAUUGGAGCUUUCUUUGCUGACACAUUCUGGGGAAGAUACUGGACAGUAUUGAUCUUCCUCUCCAUUUACGUCACCGGGAUGUUCAUCCUGACAGUUUCAGCCUUUCUCCCACUGCUCAUGGGUUCAUCCUACGACCUCAGCUUUCAUCGUGUCACCGCGUACCUGGGGCUCUACCUUGUUGCCCUAGGUAACGGUGGCAUCAAGCCAUGUGUUUCAGCCCUCGGCGCUGAUCAGUUUGAUGCGACGGACCCAGUGGAGCGGGUGACAAAGGGAUCAUUCUUCAACUGGUACUACUGGUCUGUAAACAUUGGCUCCCUGCUGUCAGCUACCGUUCUCGUCUGGGUGCAGGACAACAUUGGGUGGGGAGUCGGGUUGGCGAUCCCCACGGUGUUCAUGGUGUGUGGGUUCUCCGUGUUCGUCGGCGGCAGGAAGCUUUACAGGUAUCAGAAAGUGGGAGGGAGUCCUCUGACAAGACUCUUCCAGGUAGUUGUUGCAGCUGUGAGGAACUACCAUUUGGUGUUGCCUGAGGACUGCUCUGCUCUGCAUGAGGUGGCUACCUCAACAGAAGGAAAUCGCAAGAUUCAGCAUACAAGUCAGUUCAGGUUCUUUGACAAAGCUGCCAUCGUUGCACCAUUCUCCGGCGACAAAGGCCCGAUGAGCCCAUGGAAGCUCUGCACUGUUUCUCAGGUUGAGGAGCUCAAGAUGCUGCUCCGGAUGUUCCCCGUGUGGGCAUCCAUGGUGCUCUUCUUCGCGGUCACGUCGCAGAUGUCGUCCACGUUCAUCGAGCAAGGCGCGGCCAUGGACAACCGCGUCGGCCCGUUCACGGUGCCGCCGGCGUCCCUCGCCACCUUUGACAUAAUCAGCGUCAUGGUCUGCAUACCCAUCUACGACGGCGUGCUGGUGCCGCUGGCCCGCCGCACCACCGGCAAGGAGCGCGGCCUGUCACAGCUCCAACGCCUCGGCGUCGGGCUUGCUCUGUCCGUGGCCGGCAUGUUGUACGCGGCGCUGGUCGAGGCACGGAGGCUGGCCCUCGCGCGGACCGGCACGCCGAUGAGCAUCAUGUGGCAGGCGCCGUCGUUCGCCGUACUCGGCGCGGGCGAGGUGUUCACGGCCAUCGGCAUCCUCGAGUUCUUCUACGACGAGUCGCCGGAUGGCAUGAAGAGCCUGGGAACAGCCCUAGCGCAGCUGGCCGUCGCGGCCGGCAACUACCUCAACUCAGCGGUGCUGGCCGCCGUCUCGGCCAUCACGGCGCGCGGCGGGAAGCCCGGGUGGAUCCCGGACGACCUGAACGAGGGGCACCUGGACUAUUUCUUCUGGUUGAUGGCUGCUUUGGGCGUGGUGAACCUGCUGCAUUUCUUGCAUUGCUCCAUGAGAUACAGAGGCAACACCAACACAGUUUCAUGACGUGCCCUGCGUCAUCAAAAUAUAAAACCACGGCAAGAAUAUCUGCAUUGUAUAUCUUAUUACGGACUCUCUAGUGUUGACGUAAUUCAUGUACUGUUAUAACUUAGGCCCAUGAGAAAUCAAUAAGAGUGUACGUACCUCACGGAA